UUUGAACGCGGAGGGCCGGAAGUGGCGGCCGCGUCCCGCCGAGCCCGCCGUCCCCAUGGCGAUGGGCGCCCCGCCCGAGGACGGCGCCGUGGCCGUAAUGGUGCGAGUGCGGCCGGCCGCCCCCAGCGAACGGGACGGGGCCGCGCAGCCCGUGCUGCACGUCGUGGAUCAGCACAUCCUUGUCUUCGAUCCCGAGGAGCCCAGCGGACUCCCCGGCACCGCGCUGCCCACCCGCGGCCCCAAGCACCGCGGCAAGGACCUCAAGUUCGUCUUUGAUCGUGUUUUUGGGGAGGGGGCCACGCAGGAGGAGGUGUUCCAGCACACGACCAAGGAGGUGUUGGAUGGAGUCCUCAAUGGCUACAACUGCUCCGUGUUUGCCUACGGUGCGACGGGAGCAGGGAAAACCUACACCAUGCUGGGCUCAGAGCAGAGCCCAGGCAUUAUGUACCUCACCAUGGUGGAGCUGUACAGGAGGAUUGAGGCCAGGAGGGACGAGAAGAGCUGCGAGGUGCUCGUCUCCUACCAGGAGGUGUACAACGAGCAGAUCCAUGACCUGCUGGAACCCAAGGGCCCUUUGGCAAUCCGGGAGGAUCCAGAGAAAGGAGUGGUGGUCCAGGGGCUCUCCUUCCACCAGCCCAAAUCAGCAGAGCAGCUCCUGGAGAUGUUGGCCAAUGGCAACAAAAACCGGACACAGCACCCCACGGAUGCCAACGCCUCCUCCUCCCGCUCUCACGCGGUGUUCCAGAUCUAUGUGAAGCAGCAGGACCGUGUUGUCGGCCUUGCUCAGGACCUGCAGGUUGCCAAGAUGAGUCUGAUUGACCUGGCAGGCUCUGAGCGAGCUUCUGUCACCAACACCAAAGGAGAACGUCUCCGGGAGGGCGCCAACAUCAACCGCUCACUGCUGGCCCUCAUCAAUGUCAUCAAUGCAUUGGCUGAUGCAAAGAGCAAGAAAACCCACAUCCCCUAUCGGGACAGCAAGCUGACGCGCCUGCUGAAGGACUCCAUUGGUGGCAACUGCCGCACCAUCAUGAUUGCUGCUGUCAGUCCCUCCUCCCUGGCCUACGAGGACACCUACAACACUCUCAAGUAUGCCAACAGGGCCAAGGAGAUCAAGCUGUCGCUGAAGAGCAACGUGCUCAGCCUCGACUGCCACAUCAGUAAAUAUGUCACAAUCUGCGAGCAGCUGAAAACAGAGGUGGCAGAUCUUCGGGCCAAGCUCCGUGCCUAUGAGAAUGCUGCCCAGGAUGCAGGAAAGCAAAUACCAGCACUGCUGCCUUCCCCCAGGAUGGAAGAAGCUGUCCCAAAGAGCUGCUCAGCCCCAUGUGCUUGCAGGGAGAGUGGUGGGGAGCAGCAGGAGCUGGGAGCUGGGCAGGAUGCUCAGCUGGGAGGAGAGGAGGAGGUUCCAGAGGAAAUGCCCCCCAGCAGCCCCAGCCCCACCCAGCAGGCAGAUCUCCAGCUGAGAACGGAGAAACUGAACUGCCUACCACUGCGUUUGUCCCGCAGCCACACAGACACGCUCAUAGCCACCAUUCUGGGCGUUGCCCAGAAGCAAUACUCCCUCCUGAAGGCUGCCAACCUCCUCACUCCUGACAUGGUCUCCGAAUUUGAGAAGCUGCAGCUCUUGGUGCAGCAGGAGGCAGCUGUGAGCCCUCAACCCACAGAUACCAGCAGGACCCCCCCAGCCCUGAAGAUGCAGCAGGGCUGUGAUGCAUCAGCCCCAACGCUCAGCAAUGAGCCCAGCGUCCCCAUGACGAGGGCUGCCCUACGCCGCCUGCAGCAGCUCACUCCACUCUCCAGCCCCAAACUGGCAGUGAAGAAGAGGAGGAGAUCUGAGAUGAGCAACACUUCCAGAUUGGAAACACCACACAGCCUCAACAUGCGGGCGAAGCGCCAGCGGAAAUCCUCCCCACUGAGUGCUGGGGGGGAAACGGAGGCACUGCAGAGCCCACGCACCCCAUGCCUUAGGGAACCCCAAUCCCCCCAGCUGCUGCCGUGCUGCACCCCCAAAAUCUGCCCUCUGACUGUCACUAAAAGGCGUGUGCCCCUGAUGACGUCGGCAGCCCAGAACUGCUGCACCCCAACUGUGUGCGACCUCAAUGUGACUUACAGCCUCUCUGAGGAUGUCACCAAGCCGGGAGCCGUCAGCCUGCCCCAGUUCCCUGGCUGGGAGAAUGCCCUGUGUGCCCUAAAGAAGCAGGAGGGUCCCUUUGUGCCCAGAGCCUCCGUCCCAGUGUUCUCCAUGAAGGGUUCCUCCAUCCCAAAGCUGUCCUCCGUCUCCAAAGGAUCUGUGCAGAAGCGAAGGCGAGCAGUGAGCACUGCUUCCCGUUCGCUGGGUGGGAUCCAGAGCCGCAUCACCUCGAGCAGCAGCCAGCGGUCUGUGCAGCCCCAAAGCAUCCCAGAGCAUCCUCCCCCUGGGCUCACCUGGAAGGGGCGGGGCGGCCCCAGAGAGCUGCCAGCACGUGAUGGUGCCUCCACAGCCCCGACCUCACAAGUCCUGAAGCCGCUCUGCUGAUGUCCCUCACAUCCAGGACCCCUCACACGGCCCCAAAUGCAGCUGUCACACCUGUUCCUCACACCCAGGGAGGUAGAAGGGCCACCACCCCAAACACUGCCCCGCUGUCCCCUGGCUGGUGUCCCUGCCCCCUCCCCCUGCACAGCCCCAUGUAUUCUGUAGCAGAUGGAUCGCUGCUGUUCCCUCUCAGCCCCUCUCGGGGUGUCGAGCGCUGACAGAUGGGCGAUGCUAAGCAGUACCACGCGCUUUUAAUAAAUCUUACAGCUUAAACCCAAA